AUGGCAUCUCACGCUCCCACACCCCUUGCUCUAUCCUCACUUUCAGCGGUACCUUCGGUUCACUCUGAUCUCGAUACAUUUAAGACGGAGUAUCACCCAAAAUCUGGUCGUGCAACCUCCAUCGAGACUUUCUCUAUGUUCGGACGCAACCAAGAUCAGCAGCCGCCUAUCGUUGACGAAGAACCUUGGCAGCCAUUCAGCUGUCGUGCAGACUUUGAAUUUGCCGAACUUGCACACAAUGCUGCCCUUAACAAGGACCACACAGAUGCGCUAUUACAACUCAUCUGGAGAAUCGUUGAUGGUCACGCAAACAUUACCUUCAAGUCCCACCGCGAUGUUUCUGUAGCCUGGGAUAGGGCGGCUGGCCAGAUGACACCUUUCGAGAAGCAUACUAUCACGACCCGGCAUAAACGGGAAGACCUCGCGUUUCAUGUAUAUACACGCCCAUUGUGGGACUGGGCUUUGGACUUAUUACAGGACCCAUUGCUGGCGCCGCACUUCGUUUGGGAUGCGCAGCGGGUAUAUAAACACGAUGGGACACGUUACGAGCGCUUUUACCAUGAACCUUGGACUGCGGAUCGCUGGUGGAAUGUCCAAUCAUCUUUACCUGAAAACGCCGUCCCUUUCGCAUUUAUUCUGUAUGCAGACAAGACGCACCUCUCUUCCGCUGGUACAGUCAAAGCUUAUCCGGUCUUCGCUCGUUGUGGAAACUUGCCCGUUGACAUUAGAAACACUGACGGGCUUGGUGGUGGGCGGAUGGUCGGUUGGUUACCAAUAGUUCCCGACGAUUCUGAAGAGGACGGCAAGCUGUCGUACGUGAACCUCAAACGUGUUGUAUGGCAUGAAGGGUUUUUUAAGCUGCUCGAAACCAUUAUACUCUACGCCAAGACAGGGUAUGCGCAUCUCUUCAACGAUAGAUGUGUCAUGGCACUGAUACGGGGGACGAAUUGUCAUUGCCCAUGUCCUAUUUGCCUUGUCCCAUCCGAUAAGCUGUACGACAAUGCUUCAACUUAUCCAAUCCGAACGCCCAAAGACGCACAAGCUUGCGUAGAACUAUGGAAUAGGGACAAAACGGCUGGAGAAGAGGCAUUGAAAAAACGGGGCCUUCGGCCAAAUGUCUUUUGGUGGCUCCCAAAUUCCAACCCACACGAAACGAUCUCGCAGGACCACCUUCACGUGUAUCAUAUAGGGGAAUGGGGGAAACAUUUAUUUGGUGAGCUUAAACGACAUGCAGCGGCUCUGGGACGUGGUGCUGAGAAAAAGAUUGAUGACCAAUUUGCUACCUUCACACGAUGGCGCAAUUUGAAUCAUUUCGAUCGAGUUACUAACAUUACCUACAGCGACGGUAAUAAACUUAGGGACAUUUCUAAGCAAAUUUUAUAUACCACCCAGAAUGUACUGACGCGCACGGAUGAUGAAGCUGGCUAUGCACUUUUACGGUGCAUAGCGAGUUAUCUCCAUAUCGACAUGUAUGUAUCUCUCGAUGUGCACACAGAGAGCACAAUCAAAGCAGGAAAAGCCGAGGUUUUGGAAUUUCAGACGCAUUUAGAAGUAUAUACGAUUAAGAACUGGAAUUUCCCCAAAAUGCACGCCUCAAAGCACAUAUUUGACGACAUCAUAGCGAAAGGUGCCGCUCGCAACUUCAGUACUCGACCAAAUGAAAAGCAGCAUGGACCAAUCAAGCGUUGGUAUCUACGGCAGACUAAUCGUAAGGACAUUGCUAAUCAGAUUAUCGAACUCGAUCAUAAGAGCUUUGUUGCCGAAUUUGUUCGCAGCCGUAUCGACUAUCUUGACGAGGAACGACACAAACUUACACUCUCACGGGAAGAACUCGAGGAAAACGACAACGACAAUGAGCCAUUUGAAGCUCACCUGCAUAUCGGUUCGCCCUUGAGGAAUCUUACCAGCCUAGCACAGGUAGAGGAAGAACACAGGUCAAAUCGCGCCUUCGACCAGUUCAGGAAGAAGCUCACAACAUUUUUGAAUCACUUCCUACCCUCCCACCACAUACCAUUACCAGACGGAAUAAUGUGGUUGAAACUUUCAGCGCAAGACCUGAUACAUGAACAUCGCUAUCUCAAAGUCCAAUAUGAGUCGACUGCUACCUGGAAGUUAACCACCGACUAUCUGCGAUGCAGUCCAAGUUUUCAUGGCCAUGAGCGUCGUGACUGCGCUCUAAUCCACACACAGGACAAGGAUGGCUGCGAUAAAAAUAUCUUUGUUAAAUUAUUAUUCAUGUUCAAGCACAUUGUCGGCAACCGCACCUUAGAUCUCGCUUUGGUUCUUCCCAUGGACGCUUCACCACGUCGGCGCCUCCUAGAUCGAGACCUGCGACUCACUCGUCUGCGUGCACGGCCCGCAGCUUCAUCUGAAUUCAUCACCCUUCAUUCAAUUAUUCGUGGUGCUUUGCUUGUCCCAGAUUUUGACAACAAUGGGGAUUAUUUUCUUGUUGACUACAUCGAUACUGACAUGUUUCUUCGCGUCCAAAGGAAACUUAUAUAA